UCUUCGUUGUACUGAAGUGAAGGCAGAAUCUCAGUUGAUCAAUCUCAAAUCUGAAGUCACAAAACAAUCUAACUGUAUGGACCAUACAAGAAGGGAUGAUAAUGUGUUUUUAAAUGGCUUUGAUGGCUAGAUCCUUGUCAUGAAUUAGGACUUUUUAAAACUAUACAUAGUUGAAACAGAGCAGGUUAAUUUCCAGAGUUGGUCAAAGUGAAUUCAGUUCUCGUCUGUGAGUAUCUUAAAAUAGCCUUUACUAUAUUGAAUACUUAAUGUGUUUUUGGUGAUUUAAAUUGCUCCACAGACACGCUCAGCCCAUCAUGCAGAGAUUUUCAAGAGGAAGAGAGCUCUUCUGCAAAUUCACAUUCUGCUUUAAUGCAUAGCACCUCCCCAAAUACAAGUAUGUGUGAUGAUAAUGUGAUACCGUCCACCAGUACUAAGGAGACGGGACCGCCAGUACUAGAGAAUGACUGGCACUUUAAAUUCCAAAUACCAUGGAACACCUUGCACACACAAAAAAAAAAACACUCUCAAAAAGGAGGAACGGCCAUCUGGAAGGGACAGAAGAGAGAUUAUUAGGCUGGUGACUGCAGAAAUCUUAGCUGUAUGCAAAAAUCCCUUGAAGAAACACCUGAGUGAAAUUGCUCGCAAGAUGGUGUUGGCCUAUCCAAAAUCAUUCAAGGAUGUAAUUGAGGGUCAGAUUGUGGGAAGUGGGUAUGAUUCAAUUACAAAACAACUGCAGUGUCGAGUGGACAAUUUUAAAAGAGUGCAGCCACCAAAGAUCCUUCAAACCAGCUCUGGUGGGAACACCACAGAAACAAAGAGGAGAAGGAAUGCAUAUGGAUGUAUUGACCCAGAGCCACAUGUGUCAUUAAACACUGAAGCACAGAAACAGGAACUACAGAGAAUGUUCGAGGAAAAUGACAUGGACCAGAAAAAAAUUGAGAGAUUGAUGAUGUAUACAUUUGCCUCCCAGAGAAUGGAUGUUUUAAAUCAAAAAGACAUACAAAUCUUAAAAGAAGAAUGGCCUUACCUGUUCCACACAACUGGAUUGAAAGCCCACUUCAACAAACUUACUGGCAUUCAUGUAAAUGAAGAGUUUGAAGAGGCCAUGACCAGCAAGUUCAGUCGGGUCCUGCAAUACUUCAGAUAUAUACAUUGGGAAAAAGGAAGUCAUGCAGCAAAACUUCUUAGUGAAAUAGAGUCUGCACGUGGAGAUUUGUCUGUGGUUGUCCUAAUGUUGUUGCUUCACUUCAAAGAAGAUGAGAGCAAGUUUUUCAUUCAAGUUGAGGACACCUGUGUGUCAGCCGAAGUAAGAAGAGAGGCUCUUCCCCCAACCCCAUGCAUCGUGGUGUGUGGAGACAGCCAUUUCACAGCAACAGGCUACAUGGUAGCAGUGGAUCAGGUGGUUGUAAUGGACAGAAUAUCAACAUUGUCUGAAGCUGUGGUUAACAUGUUCAUGAUGUACUAUGUCAUGAAUAUUGACUACCCUGCAGAGGCUGGCAUCACCUUGGAAUUUCUUCAAAGGUGCAUCUUCAAAAUCAACCCUGACAAUGGGUCCAAAGUGGAAAAGCAAGAAAAAAGAAAAAGGAUUGCAGUGAACCCCAGGGUCCUGUCUCUUAUAUCCAAAAUGUCGGAAUAUGACUGGAUGGAGUGACUGGUUUAUUGUUUUAUUUUAUUUUGCACAUUUGAAGCCAGCUCUUUACUAAGACAUUUGAGGAAGAUGCUACACCAUAAUUUUGUGUUUCUCUUAAAUGAGUUAUUACAGUAAUCUGUUUAACAUUACAGUAUGU